UUACAGGAACUGAGUCACUGGACGCGAUGGAAUGUCAUGUUCGGCUCAUAUUCUUUGUAUAAAUCAUGGCGAUUGUUUUCGUUCCGCCGGCUAUGAGUAACCCUGAUGUACUUUCGGGAACAUUUUCAGUUCACUUCAAGUCUCAGAACAACGAAUCCAAGCAAUCGAAGCCAAGUAAUAAUCCUUCAAGCAUGGCUGAUAACGAGAAUCAAGAGUUGAAGGCGGGUCAUCCCCCUGCCACCAAAGUGGGUGGUAUGCGUGUGGUGCAACACAAGCCGCCCAAAGAGGAUACGCCGCCCAAGAUGACGGCGGAAGAGAAGGAGGAAUUCGGCGAGGACCCCAAGAAACCCAGCGGAGGUGGGGCUUCGUCCGUGGUGGUGUCGGGGGUGGAGAUCAAGGAUUCGGACGCGUUCCCUAAGGAGGCCGUCAAGUCUUUCCAUGAGAAGCCUUUGCCCACUCACCAGAAGGUGGACAGCCACCAACCCACCAUCAUCCAUCAGCCCAGGAAAUAGAGGUCGUCGUCUAUCUAACCUCACGGCCUCGAUGGCAUUUUUCUCGGCGAACCCUCUUGGAUGACGCGAACGUAUAACAUAUUUAACUUUGAUGUGCUAACCGAACGGUCCUGGGGAUGAUCCUGCUUGGCAUGGGAUCGAUGAACCAUCGCCCCGGAGUUGAUUUAGUAUCGUUAUGUAUUCCAAUGUCAGUUCAGAAGUUUGCCUAUGCCAUGUAUUCGUCAAGUACCGCCAACCGGAUAAUAAACCGUUUUUAAACCCCAA